AUGCCACUGCAUGCACGACACGCUGGUGGAGUCCACAUGUUCGCCGCUGAGCACCCCUUCCAGGUGGCGGCGCUGGACGUCCCAUAUGUGCGGGGAGUAAGUGUCCGCGCACGCGCACACCUUGGAACCGUUCUGGGACAUGGACACGUCCAGCACGGGCUUUCCCAGACCCUCGAAAAGCGUGUUGUCGAGCAGACUCAGGGCAGGGGAGAGCAGCGCCAGCUUGCCGAACUCAUCCCCAGAAAUCAGAAAGUCGCCGUCGGGCGACCAUUCGAUCGCAGUCACGCUUCCUCCACUCACUGGAUAGCGCUUGAUGUCGUCAAACUGGAACGUCAGACCGUUCCACAUGAUCAGCUUGCCGCCCUGGCUGCCGGCCAGCAGCGUCUUGCCAUUGGGGAACCACUUCAAGCUUACGAUGGGGAACUUGUUGCGGUUGAAGGAGGCGUGCGCGAGGUUGCUACAUACUCCGUUGUAGUGGUUCGAGAAGCUCGAAUAGCAGAACGCGGGGCGCACGGAGUUGAAGUCAAGCGGGGUGUCACGGUGACGCGGCACGCGGAUACGCUUCUCGUACCGCCCGUGCGUCAUCCACGGCACCAGUGUUCCCGCGUAGUCGAUGGAAAUGCGAUCGAUGCCCAUGCGCUGGGUCAGCGGAAUCGAGUCAGCCGAGUCGUCACCCAUGGCUUGCUGACGUUAAUAUACACCCUAUGCUCGGUACGUAGAGAAAGCACCCUUUCCUAUUUUGGAAGAGCCUGUCGAUCCACUUAA